CCCACUUAAAAGGUCACGUGACGUAUAUGGCGGAUAAUUGCAUCGUGUCUUGUCAGUAAAGGAGCUGUUCUUCUCUCUAAUUCUCACUUUUUUUCUCUUCUUUAAGUUGCUGCACCUUCUCUUGUGCCUGUAGAAGCAGUCUUUUUGUCCCAAUAAGUAGUUUAUUGGGAUUAUACAGUCCCGCAGGCAAGGAAGUUUUUAAAAUGUUCUGGAAAAUUAACUUUAGACCAACGUCAGCUAUCGAUGGCCUCCUUGACAAAGAGGAUUGCACGUUGAACGAGAUUCUUGACGAAGACGACGUUUUACAAGAAGUCAAAUCACAGAAUAAGAAACUAGUUGAAUUUUUACAGAAGGAAGAUAAUCUUGAGACACUUGUCAAGUAUGCCUGUGUUGUGUCUGAGCCUGACCUAGAGGAUAAAUACAAGUUUAAGUAUCCUCAUUUAGCUUGUGAGAUACUAACUGCUGAUGUCUUUACCAUUGUCGAGGGUCUUGCUACAGCCGAAAAGUUCCUGCCAAUGCUAUGGAAGUUUUUGCAUGAUGAGCCACCACUAAAUCCACUAAUAGCUAGUUUCAAUAGUAAGAUUCUUGCAAUGUUGCUAGGCCAGAGAACCACGUUGUUUUUGGAGUACAUACAGAAAAUCGAGGGCUUUGUCGAUCAUUUUCUAAAACACCUCGGCACGUCUGCCAUAAUGGACUUGCUCCUACAAAUGAUUGCUGCACCCGAGGGAGACCAGGGGAGACAAGACGUUGCUAUGUGGUUAUCUGAUGAAGGAGUUAUCGAGAAAUUAAUAGAUUUUGUUACGACUUCGUCAAGCGUUGAUCAAUGUGUCAACUCGAGUCAAGCUUUGUGCGAUAUUUUACGAAUAUCACGUGAAUCUGCUCAAAUGUCGGGACCCGGCCCGCUAUUGAAGACACUAGAAAACGAGGAGACUAUAAAGAGAUUACUGGAUAACAUGUUUUCGGUGGAUGACCCACCCGAUUGGGUCAUCAUUAAUGGAACCUAUGUACUGUUAACUGCUCUAGAGAAAAGGAAUUAUGGCAGUGGCUACAGCCCCACGUUUAGUAGAUCUUAUCCUCAAUCGGGAGCAACAGGAGGAGGCGGAGAAGAGGCUCUUCCUGUCGAUCAAUCGACGGAAAAGAUUAUAACUAAUAUCGUUCCCUGCGUGAAAUUAUUUCAUAAUCUCUUAAAUAGGAAGCCGCAGUGCGAGACUAUGGUGACGACUGUUGGCGUGCUGGAUCCUCCGUUGGGUAACAUGAGGCUCCAGGUUGUGAGGCUUUUCUCUGCUCUCCUUUACUCACAUGAUACUCGCAUACAAAAAGAAAUAAUUUUAAAUUCAACACUAACAGUAUUAUUGGAUUUAUUUUUUCAAUAUCCAUGGAACAAUUUCCUACACACGCAAGUUGAGUCUUGCAUUAUAGCAGGGCUUGCCUCAGUGAGUCCAGUCACAAUGGAAAUGGACAAUGGGACUGGACAGCCUAACAACACCACCACUCUUAGGCAACAUCUAUUGAGUGAUUCAAAGUUAGUUCAAAGGUUGCUAGAUGGAGCUAGGACAAAUCAAGAACUGAUUGGUAGUAGUGAGAUAGAUGGAACUCGUUUAGGAUUCAUGGGUCACCUCGUUAGAAUGGCCAAUCAGAUUUCAGGGAAUGAUCGUCUCGGCAACAUGGGGGGCGUGUUGGAAAGAGCAAGGGAAGAGGCUGCUACCACAACAGCAACGGUUGACGACGAAAGACUGCAAGGAGAACUUGAUAGAGACACGUAUGAAAAGUGGACAGAGUUUAUUAGCGGACCGAUUGCCGAGAUGAAUAAGAAGAAUGACACCAAUUUGGGUGGUUCCCGAGCCUUGACCUCUAGUAUUGAUGAUAGUGACGAAGAGUUUGAUCCUUUGAACAUGGGCCCUGAUAAUGAGUUUGAAAAGGCAUUCCAGCAAUAUCAAGACAGUCGUUUCUCAACGAUAUUAAUAGAGGACUUUGGACUAAACGAUGGCCUUGAUCCAGCCCCAGUCUCCUAUUCUAACACAUACACUGCCCUCACCUCCAUCAACUGCACUGUGGAGGCCGAUGAGGUACACACUCAGCUAAUGGCCGGCUUUGAGGCUUGUUGCUCUGAGAGGAUCCAUCCUUUUGACGACACUGACAGUGAAGACGAAGAGGAGUCGAGCCCUUGGGCAGAAAAGGAGAUCUCGUUUGUGUCUUCGCUGGGACAGCGGUCGUUGAUUAGCACCAGCGAGGAGGAUGAUGAGGACGAGACAAAUAAGGAGAAGGGACGGAGGAGAGAGUUCCCAACCGAGUCGAGCGAUGAUGAGGACUCCUUGAAACUGAUGGGUGGGAAGGAUCGACUGAUUAUUGUCGAAGGGAAAGAAAGAAAUUCUGAACCAAAUGAGAUUGGUGUUAUAUCGUGGAAGUCAGAGUUCUCAACUGACGAGGACCUCUCAAGACCUGACCCCAACGACUGGACACAAGAACCAGCACCAGCAACAACUGGAGGAGGAGGAGGAGGAGCAGAUGAAAAGAAUUGGGCCGACUUUUCUACAUUUUCAACCGGACAAGUUAAGGAGGACACUGUAGUAUCUGUUACAUAUGUAUCGGUCAAAGAACUUGAGUCAGAAUCAGCCAGUACUUCUGUAGUUACGUCUAGUGCAUCCAUACAAGUGUCAGGAGAAGGGGGCGUGUCUGGGAGGGUAGACCAAUAUACUAGGAUCAGUAGUACUGGUAGCAUCGGCUCUGUUGGCAGUGAAGAGGACAUGAUCCUUGAUAAUAAUUUAUUACAGAGCAAUGAGAGAGAGGAGGAGGAAGAGGAGGGAGGUGCUGAUUCUGAUCAUAGUUCUGGUAAUAAUUCAUCUGAUGAAGAUAGGUCAGUUAAUUAUGGUGUUACUGAUGGUGAUUCUGGUAAUCCCUUACUACUAAAUGAAUCUAGUGACGUUUCUAUUGAAGAAACUGAAACCACGCCCACUAAUAAUGAAGAGAAAAUCAUUGAGGGUGUGGUGACCGAAUCGUCUAACUCAUGAAUAUUAAUGAGCAGUUUUUUAAUGAAAUUAUUAGUUAUAUUAUUAUUAUUAUUGUUAUUGUUAUUAUUGGCCAUGCCCACCCACCCCUAUGCAUAUAUGAGUCAACGAUUCUCACUGGCCUAACUCUUAUGUAAACUUAAUAACUAUUAAUAACCAGUAAUAUUAUGAUUGUCCUUUUCUUCUCUCUUUAUUUAAUAUUAUUAUUAUUAUUAUUAUUAUUAUCAUUAUUAUUAUUAUUAAUUAUGCAUGGGCACAGUAACAUGUAUUUUCCCUUAAUGGUGUUUGUUGUGAGAAAUAA